GGACUUGAGUUUUGAAUUUGCGCGGGCAUGUCGUACCAUGUUUUUGUUCUUGGUUAUUUUCUAUCUUUGUUUGAAGUUGGCUCAUACUAUUCAGUCUAGCUUGGAUCUAUCGUGUGAAAAUCUUUUACCGGGACAGUACAUCUGUGACUCCCCUCUCAUAGACGAGCUUACCCAGCAGCCAAGGAAUUGCUCUCUCUUUUUGAAAGCUCCAGUUAACUGCAAACCGGCUCCAGGAAUCCAUUGUAGUGGGAAGCUCUACAGUGGUACGGAAAUUGGUUUUCAAAAGCUAAUAGAUUGCCGUCGAGUGUAGUUUGACCAUAAUUUGUAAUGUUAACUAUAUUUCUGUAUAGGACUGGAUAUAAGUUUGAUCUGGCAUUAUUGCUUUCAGUAUUUGGUGGACUGUUUGGCUUAGACCGAUUUUAUCUUGGGUACCCAGCUCUGGGUUAGUUAGCUUAUUAAAUAUAUUCUUGCACAGGUUGCUUGAAAUUCUUCACAUUCGGUGGCUUCGGUCUCUGGUAUCUCAUCGAUAUACUACUAAUUUCGGUUGAAACUGUUGGACCUGCCGACGGAUCGUCGUUUCUCCGACCAUACUACGAUCCUAUAGUGAAACUUCUCUGCCGGACUAACUUCACAGUGUAUGCUGGUUGAAUGUCUAGUAUUCACCAUCUAGGAACAAACGAAAAAGAAUCGAGCUCCUUUCUGCGUUUGCGGUACUUGUCCCUGCUGCAGAAAAUUAGUAGAGACUGCUCAGUUCUGCUUUAUUUAACGGAUUUGAAGGAACCUCUCAAGGCCACCCUAAAUAUUUGGUGCCCUUCAGAUAUAAGAAUUAACCCAAAGACGAAGUUAGAACCAGGAUUCAUUUGUGUAAAAGAUCUGCAUACUCCGUUGGGUGUGGUUUGCAAAGCUCGUAUUCGUGAAUCUGACGUGUUAGCUAUUCAGGCCUUUUCGGAUUAAAAUGUCUGAAAAUUCGUUCCGGAUUGGUGACACACCUGUGCCGCCUAAAAAACGUGCCCGACUGGAUGUAUCAACGGUUGACACUGUUAACGGUUCGACGGAUGCUACCUCUUUUCGUCCUGAGAAUAUGCAUUUAAUAUCUGUUCUUCAAAACGAUCUUCGAAAUAAGUGUUUAGUGUUACAUACUCGUUUUGGCGAUGAUCCAAAGGAAGCUAUUGUUACACUUCAGAAAUCAUCAUUCCCAAAUGAUCCAAACACUUUAAAACGUUGUAAAGUAGUUAAUAAGCUCAUUGGUCUCCAUAUUUCCGACGAUAUUGAUGACCAAUGCCAUAAAAAAGAUAAAACUGACGAGACUGAAAAUGAUACUUUUCCCCAAUGGCAAGCCAAGUCCAUUAUGAAGAACGAUAUUUAUCAUCGCUUCCUUAUAACAAAUGGUCUAGAGUCCAUUAAUGGUAUUGAAAUGACUGUGACGUAUCCUGCAGAAUCACAUCACUUUAGUAGAUAUGCCAACUCCCCUCGUCAUAUUAUUCAGGAGACUCCUGUGUUGUAUAAGGAUGUCAUUCUCCCUUUUUUGUCCCAGAAACCCAAGGAUCUUACUUGGAUUGAUAAUGUAGUAGCAGGAAUCGCUGAACAAGAUCGUACUCUUCACAAUGAUGCUGAUGAAAUGUUUGGUUUUACUUUAGUAUUAGAUUACCGAUGGGAUGGGUUACGCAUCCAAGAACUUCAUUGUUUGGGUAUUGCUCACGACCAAAAGCUAACUUGUCUACGGGAUCUCCGUAGCUGCCAUGUUCCAAUGCUAAAAAGGAUUUUGCAGCUGGGUCGUGAUACACUCUUUCACAAAUAUUCUAAAUCAGAAACAUCCGAUAAUCAAAUGUCCGGUGAUAAUCCGAAAAUUAUUUUAUCAAAAGACCAGAUUCUUGCUUAUAUACAUUAUCCACCGACCUUUUAUAGAUUUCAUAUUCACUUUGUGCACAUAGAUUCUGGAGACAACUAUGGCACUAAUGCAUGUAGAGCACAUAUACUCGAAGAAGUUAUUCGAAAUCUCGAACAAGAUGAUCUGUACUAUGCAAAUCGUACAAUAACUAUGUUUCUGCAUGCUAAUAAUCCCAUAUUUGCAGCUAUUUGUCAGAACAGUUCCCAUAUAUCUAUUGUCGGUUCAGCUCCUGAUUAAAUUCCACAUAUAGUGUUUUAUUUUAGGAGAAAUGUAAGAUUCAGCACUAUUCAAACUUUGUAAUAAAAUCGUCUUAGUAAAUACAAAUAAACUUUUCCGAUUAUGA